AUGAACACGACUAUCUACAAACCAAGCACAAGCACAUCACCAUAUCACCCAUCUUCUUCACUCUUCCCUCAAAUCAGGAGAUGCAAGACUGCAAGACACCUCAAACAAAUUCAUGCCCACUUCAUCAAAACAGGCCAAAUACACCACCCUGUUGCUGCUGCUGAAAUCCUCAAAUUUAUCUCCCUCUCUUCUCAACGUGACAUCAAUUACGCACGUAAGUUUUUUACCCAAAUUCAUCACCCCAAUCGCUUCUCUUGGAACACUAUCAUUAGAGCUUUAGCUGAUUCUGAUGAUGAUUCUUUUCAUGUUAACUCAUUAGAGGCAUUGCUGUAUUUUUCCGAUAUGCUUACUGAUGGUCUUGUGGAUCCUAAUAAAUUCACUUUCCCUUGUGUGUUAAAAGCCUGUGCGAAAUUGGCUAGGAUUCAAGAAGGAAAACAGCUUCAUGGGUUUAUUGCGAAACUAGGAUUGGUUAGUGACGAGUUUGUUCUUAGUAAUCUUGUGAGGAUGUAUGUUAUGUGUGGGGCCAUGAAAGAUGCUCAUGUAUUGUUUUAUACGAGACGGCUAGAGGGUAAUGUUGUUUUAUGGAAUGUGAUGAUUGAUGGGUAUGUGAGGAUGGGGGAUCUUACAGCUUCUAGGGAGUUGUUUGACAGUAUGCCUAAUAAAAGUGUGGUUUCAUGGAAUGUGAUGAUAUCUGGAUAUGCACAAAGUGGACAUUUUAAGGAGGCAAUUGAGAUGUUUCGAGAUAUGCAAGUGGGAGAUGUGUCUCCAAAUUACGUGACUUUGGUUAGUGUUCUUCCUGCUAUUUCGCGUUUAGGGGCUCUAGAUUUGGGAGAAUGGGUACAUCUAUAUGCAGAGAAGAAUGAGAUUGAAAUCGAUGACGUGCUUGGCUCUGCUUUCGUUGAUAUGUAUUCCAAGUGUGGUAGCAUUGACAAGGCAGUUCAGGUAUUUGAGAGGAUAAGAAAUAAAAAGAAUCCCAUUACUUGGAGUGCUAUCAUUGGCGGGCUUGCUAUGCACGGUCAAGCAAGGGACGCUCUUGAUUGCUUUUGGGGAAUGCAACAAGCUGGUGUGACCCCCAGUGAUGUUGUGUAUAUUGGUGUAUUAAGUGCUUGUAGCCAUGCCGGUUUAGUUGAAGAGGGUCGAUCUGUUUAUUACCAUAUGGUUAACGUUGUUGGUCUCGUGCCUAGGAUUGAACAUUAUGGGUGCAUGGUUGAUCUAUUAGGCCGUGCUGGGCGUUUAGAAGAGGCAGAACAGCUUAUACUGAACAUGCCUAUUAAACCGGAUGAUGUGAUAUACAAGGCCUUGAUUGGUGCUUGUAAAAUGCAUGGAAACAUUGAGAUGGGACAACGCAUUGCAAAAAAAUUGAUGGAUUGGUAUCCACAUGAUAGUGGAUCUUAUGUGGCUCUCUCGAAUAUGUUUGCCUCUGAAGGAAACUGGGAGGGGGUUGCCAAGGUGAGGCUUAAAAUGAAGGACAUGGAUAUAAGGAAAGACCCUGGAUGUAGUUGGAUUGAGCUUGAUGGAGUGAUACAUGAAUUUCUUGUGGAAGAUGAUUUCCAUCCUAGAGCUGAAGGAAUCCAUUCGAUGUUAGAGGAAAUAUCGAAUCAAUUAAGAUCAGUGGGAUACAGGCCAAACACCACCCAAGUGUUGCUCAACAUGGAUGAAAAAGAAAAACAAAGUGCGUUGCACUAUCAUAGUGAAAAGAUUGCAAUUGCCUUUGGCUUAAUCAGUACAAGGCCCCAGACACCGCUCCGAAUUGUUAAGAAUCUACGACUGUGUGAAGAUUGUCACUCUUCAAUAAAACUUGUCUCAAAGAUUUAUAAUCGUAAGAUAAUUGUAAGAGACCGGAGGCGCUUCCAUCAUUUCGAGAACGGUUCAUGUUCUUGUAUGGAUUAUUGGUGA